UCCCCAUGUUUGUUAGUGAACUCUGCAUCCUCACCUGAUUUACCUGCGAAUCAUCCAGUUUUAACAGGAAUUAGGAAGCAACUACUAAAAGGCACCAUGACAGACAAAGAAGAUCUAAAAAAAGAGAAAAAGGGCAAAGGAAAGAGCAAAGUGGUGUGUGGCUAUCCCAUCAGCAUUUUCUUCAUAGUUGUGAAUGAGUUCUGUGAGAGGUUCUCCUACUAUGGAAUGCGAGCUGUGCUGGUGCUGUACUUCAAGUACUUCUUGCAAUGGGAUGAUGACCUGGCCACAUCCAUAUACCACACAUUUGUGGCUCUCUGCUACCUCACUCCUAUCCUGGGGGCUAUCGUGGCCGAUUCCUGGCUUGGAAAAUUCAAAACUAUCAUCUACCUGUCCAUUGUCUAUGCCAUUGGCCAGGUGGCGAUGGCGGUCAGUGCAAUCCAUGACAUCACCGAUUCAGACAGAGAUGGGACGCCAAACAACAUGACCUUUCAUGUUGUUCUUUCCAUGGUGGGUCUCUUCCUCAUCGCUCUGGGGACUGGUGGCAUCAAGCCGUGCGUGGCGGCGUUCGGUGGAGACCAGUUUGAUGAUCACCAGGAAAAGCAAAGAAGAACUUUCUUCUCUGUUUUCUAUCUUUGCAUCAAUGGUGGGAGUCUCCUGUCAACCAUCAUUACCCCGAUCCUCAGAGGUCAAACCUGUGGCAUCUACUCUCAGCAGAAGUGCUAUGCUCUGGCCUUUGGUGUCCCUGCUGCCCUCAUGGUCGUUUCGCUCGUGGUGUUUAUCGUUGGGAGUGGGAUGUACUACAAAGCUAAACCAGAGGGAAACAUCAUGCUGUCUGUGUGUAAAUGUAUUGGGUUUGCCAUUAAAAACCGCUAUAGGCACAGAAGCAAGGCAUACCCCAAGAGGAAACACUGGAUGGACUGGGCAGAGGAAAAAUAUGAUAGACUCCUAAUUGCUCAAAUCAAGAUGGUGCUGAAGGUCCUCUUUUUGUACAUCCCACUGCCCAUGUUCUGGACUCUGUUUGAUCAGAAGGGUUCAAGGUGGACUCUUCAGGCCACCACAAUGGAUGGAAAUUUUGGGCAACUUGUUAUACAGCCUGAUCAGAUGCAAACUUUCAAUCCCAUCCUGAUCCUGACUCUGGUUCCAAUCAUGGAAAGUGUGGUGUACCCCCUGAUCAAGAAAUGUGGCUUUAACUUCACACCUCUAAAAAGAAUGACAGUGGGAAUGUUCCUAGCGGCUCUUGCUUUUGUUUGCGCCGGUGUGGUCCAGCUUCAAAUAGAUAAAACAUUACCCAUCUUCCCCUCCACCUCUGAAAGUCAACUUAAACUUCUCAACAUGGGCAACAAUCAACUUGAGGUCCAUUUGCCGAAUAAUUUCACUGUGCAUCUUCCUCCAGCUCAAGCAAGUGAGGAAUAUUUCACAUAUAAAGAACAAGAAGUUAGCAUUUCAAUAGGCAACCCUCCAGUGACAGAAACUAUUCCCUUAGUCAAAGGAAAACGUCAAACACUUCUUAUUCCCCCAACCAUCAGGGAAGAAUGGGUGCUGAUUGAUGAUUUAACCUCCAAGCCAGAAGAGGGAAACAAUGCAAUCCGAUUUGUGAAUGGACUGGCCACCGACCUUAACGUCUCAACCGCUGCGGUCAACUUUGGAAUAAUUGAGCCAUUAACUUCAUCAAACUAUUCACUGUUGAAAAAUGGAAAACACACAUUCAGCUUGAAGAGUGGUUCACAGUCAUGUGAAUACACCAUCAAAUUUGGAUUCGGGAGUUCAUACACUAUCUUCAUUCCCAGCACUUUCACUUUUGGACCAAAUUGUCAGGAAUCUGUCACAGAAGUUGAGGAAAUAAAGCCGAACUCAGUUCACAUGGCUCUCCAGAUCCCUCAGUACUUUCUAAUCACUGCAGGUGAAGUGAUGUUUUCUGUCACCGGUUUGGAGUUCUCAUACUCACAGGCCCCCAGUAACAUGAAAGCAGUGCUGCAGGCGGGCUGGCUGUUGACGGUUGCAGUCGGUAACUUUAUUGUCCUGAUUGUUGCAGAGAUUGCAAAGCUUCCUAAAAAGUGGGCAGAGUUCUUCCUUUUUGCUUCUCUGCUGGUGGCAGUCUGUGUCAUCUUCUCCAUUAUGGCUUAUUUCUACACGUACAUCGACCCCACGGAGAUUGAAGCCCAGUUCUCGCAGGAGAAGGAUGAGGAGGAUGAGGAUGAAAAAGACAAGAUGAGGAAAACUGAAGAGCAUGUGACGAAGAGAGGCUCAGUUAAAAGUAAUGACAGUGACAAUGCUUUCAAACUGUCAAAAAUGUAAUAAACAGAACUCCACCACCCAAAAUCUCAUCUUACUAUGUUUGUUUAAAUUAUUUUAAACUUAAGUUGACAAAAGCAUUGUGAGCGAAGCACACUCAUGAAAUUUUUCAGUUUUCAGAGCUAAACAUUUCUAAAAUUGACUUUUUGUAUCUCUACUAAGGGAUGUUGAAGAAUGCAACAAAUAUUUUAUUUUCCCUGCUUGUAGUAGUUGAUUUUCUUUUGUCCCCUUAGCCUCUAUUAGCCCUUAUGCAGUUGAGUUUGUAUGUAGCUUCUAGUCUUCCAUGCCUGAAGUUUUAACGUUUAUUCGUCGUAAAUUUUUUAUCAACUCCUUGUUUCCCCCUAAUAUGUCCUGACUGUUUCUACAGGACUCAUCAGCCCCCGAAUCACCAUCUGUGUUUAGCCUUUUUUCUUCCUUUCUUUCUCUUUAAUAUUUUUUAAUACAAUUGAAUUUUCCACAUUUGUGCUCAUUCUUCUUAAAUGUGUCAACUGUAAAUAAAAACACUUUUUAUAUACGGAGUUUUCU